UUCGAAAAAUCUCUUUAAAAUCCCCGAAAAACAAUGUUUCGAUCAAUUUUAUUAUCAUUAUUAUUUUUGAUUUGCUUGUUUCAAACAUUAGAAUUAACAGGUGCGCAAUCUGAAACGCCAAUCUCAUCCAACAGCAACACAAUGGAAACAACAACUAUUUCGGAUCGUAUUGUGAAAUCAAUGGCAAAAUUGAAUAUAAACGUUCAGACUAAACUACAAGAUUUAGUUGCCGAUUUAGAUAAACUUGAAGAAAUUGAAACAGCAUAUGAACCAAGUUAUAUGCAGCAAAAUAUUGAUAUUUUUAAACUUGGUGUUGUUGAAACAGCACAAAAAUUCUUUACGGCAAUGAUGGCCGAUCCUAUCGAACGACAACAACUAAAUUUAGAUGGUGAUUUGGAUAAACGAAUGAAAACUUUUGUGGAUAAUUUGAAAGAAUUGGCCAAAAUAAUUCAAAAUGAAUUGAAAAAACCAAAAGAAAAUCGAGCUAGGUAUGGAUUAACACCUUUUGCAGCACUUGACGAAAAGGAAAGUAGAAUGAUGACGCAUGGAUUGAUGCUUCAUAAUUGAAAUGGAUUUUUGAAUUUUGUUUAAAGAAAAAUUUUUAAAAAUAAAAAAAAUAUUAUCAUUUAAUGA